AGAGGGUUAAAAUUCUCCUCUCAGUGAACAAGCUCCAUCAGAUUUUCCCAUCAGAGCACUUCGCUCUGACUGCAGCUUUACUGCAUUUAAACAACUCAAAGCUCGUUUUUCUACGUUAUCUUUAAUGUUUACAGGAACACAUUUUGAUGUCCUGGUGAAAUGUUUCUGCUCUGUGAGCUUCAGAUUGAUGAGUCAGGCGUCACUGUUCAAUCGUCGCAGCUGCAGCCCAGAUGGAAGAUGAUCGUAAGUUCUGCUGCCAGCAGGAAGUGUCAGACAAUUGACCUCCAACUGUCUUUGUCCAAUCAGAGUCAUGAUUUCCUGGAAGAGGGGGGGAGCCACAUUCAAGACAAACCCAACCAUCCAAUGGAUGAGCUCAGAACAGUAAAACAGCCAAUGGAAAGAGAGAAGGCGGGUUUGGACAUGAUUUACACCAUCGAAGACGUCCCACCCUGGUACCUAUGUAUUCUACUGGGACUACAGCAUUACCUGACGUGUUUCAGCGGUACUGUCGCUGUGCCGUUUCUCCUGGCGGAGGCCAUGUGUGUCGGCCAGGACCAGAACACCGUGAGUCAGCUGAUUGGAACCAUUUUCACCACUGUGGGAAUUACAACUCUGAUCCAGACCACCGUGGGAGUCAGACUUCCUCUGUUUCAGGCCAGUGCAUUUGCUUUCCUGAUUCCUGCUCAGGCAAUCCUUCGUCUGGACAGGUGGAAGUGUCCCAGUGACGAGGAGAUUUACGGCAACUGGAGUAUUCCCCUGAACACCUCACACAUCUGGCAUCCACGGAUUAGAGAAAUUCAGGGGGCCAUCAUCAUGUCCAGUCUGGUGGAGGUUCUGAUUGGUCUUAGUGGAUUACCAGGUCUGCUGUUGAAGUACAUCGGUCCACUGACUAUCACACCAACCGUCUCCCUGAUUGGCCUGUCGGUGUUCACUACAGCCGGGGACAGAGCCGGGUCCCACUGGGGCCUGUCAGGACUGUGUAUCUUGCUGAUUGUGCUGUUUGCUCAGUACCUGAGAACGACAUCACUUCCUGUUCCUGUCUACAGUAGAAAGAAAGGACUGACAUACUCAAAAGUUCAGAUCUUCAAGAUGUUUCCUAUCAUCCUGGCCAUCAUGCUGGUUUGGUUUGUCUGUUACAUCCUCACCCUGACUGACCUGUUGCCGAACAACCCAGAUCGCUAUGGACACAAAGGCCGAACCGACGCCCGCGGCAAUAUCAUGACGUCGUCACCCUGGUUCAGGAUGCCCUACCCUUGCCAGUGGGGGUUGCCGGUGGUAACGGUUGCCGGGGUGUUGGGAAUGCUUAGUGCAACCAUGGCCGGUAUCGUGGAGUCGAUUGGAGAUUAUUACGCCUGUGCUCGUCUUUCUGGAGCCACGCCCCCUCCAAUCCAUGCAAUCAACAGGGGCAUAUUCACUGAAGGAAUGUGCUGCAUCAUUGCUGGUUUGUUGGGGACAGGAAAUGGCUCCACCUCCUCUAGCCCAAAUAUAGGCGUCCUAGGCAUCACUAAGGUGGGCAGCAGACGGGUGGUACAGUACGGAGCUGGAAUCAUGUUCCUGCUGGGGUCAGUUGGGAAGUUCACAGCUCUUUUUGCCUCAUUGCCAGACCCGAUACUUGGAGGAAUGUUCUGCACACUGUUUGGGAUGAUUACAGCCGUUGGUCUGUCAAACCUGCAGCUGGUGGAUUUGAACUCAUCCAGAAAUCUUUUUGUUCUGGGGUUUUCAAUGUUCUUCGGUCUGACACUGCCAACGUAUCUGGACACACACCCCAACUCCAUCAGCACAGGCCUCGCAGAACUGGAUCAAAUCCUGACGGUCCUUCUGUCCACUGAGAUGUUCGUUGGCGGUUUUCUGGCUUUUUGUCUCGACAACACAAUACCAGGAACCCAGAAGGAGCGAGGGCUUGUUGAGUGGAGAUGUCCCGUCUCUUCCUCUUCCUCCUCCACGUAUGACCUCCCUGUGGGAAUGGGCGUGGUCAGGCGGACUCGCUGGCUCAGGCGGUUUCCCAUCAGCCCCUCCUUCACUGGUUUCAGGACCAACGAUGAAGCUCCGCCUCCCAGGCAGGAGGAGGUGGAGGAGGGAGGAGAAGGAAAGGAGGAAGCAGCUGACCUCCACCUGCCCAGCACCAGGGUGUGACUGUGACAUUGUCAUGGAGAUCAAGCUGUGUAAAUGUUUCUGUCUGAUGUAAUAUGUUAUGAUUGAUUAUUGAUCAGCUGUGAUCGACCUGUCUCAGUCAGAAUGUCUUCGUGGAUCUAACUUCACCUCCUCAGAAAUCACCUGAACACAUCACCCGUUCAGGUGUCAGGAGACUUCUCCUGGAGUUCGUCCAGCCCUGCAGCACCCCCCUGUGGAGGGUGACUUGAUACAAACCACCUGCUGUCUGAUUGGACCUUCAGGGUCAGCUGACCCAAUCACAGCAGGCCGUCCUUGUGAUGUCAUAGCCUGACCAAUGAAGGGUGGCACUGUUGUUUAUUCCAUCUCUUCAACCCUGCAUGUUACCAUGGAAACCUAAAAUAAUAAACAUGGCUGUGAGGCACUCUUGUUUAUGAACAUCAGGAAAAUAAAA